UCACUGUGACAUCAGCUGAACCCGUAAAUAAAGACCGAAUCGAAACGGAUGAUGGAGGCGGCGCGACGGUGACGCCAGGAAUCGAAACUCACGGCAGGCUUUACCGCUUCUGCGUCGCGUUUGGCUCGAUUCACACCAAAACAUCACAUUGCGUUGCGAUCAUAACUGCAAACACACAGCUCGGCGUGCAUUCAAGUCAUCAUGGCACACGGCUCUCCUGACGGCUGUUUGGAGUCGGAUCUCUCCUGUCCCAUCUGUCUCCAUCUCUUCCACGACCCGGUCACUCUUCCCUGCGCGCACAGUUUCUGUCUUGUAUGUCUGGAGACACCAGAGAGGGACACGUCAUCUGGAUUUGAUCAAGUACUUUGCUGCCCAGUUUGUGGACAGGAACAUCUCAGCCCAGAGUCCCUGCCGAGAAACAUCAAGCUGAAACAGAUAGUUGAGACCUACAGAGCCAACAGCUUCAGUGGUGAACUUCAGCCACGUGCAGAAGACGAGAUAAUUAAUGACCAGACAUCUCCAGAAGACACUGAUGUGUGCAAAUCAACAGAUUCUGGGACAAGCUCUCUGCUGGAGACUGAAACCAGUGAACUGAAAUCUAGUCUGAAUCCUGUCAUCUCUAGUCUGCAAGAAAAGCUGGCUGUAGUAGAUGAUCUGGUGAAUAAGGAGAAGGCCAGAGAGGCUGCGGUUAAAGCGACACACGCAGAUCUGAGGAAAGAUGUGAGCGGUGUAUUGGAGGAGAUGGCAGAGCUGGUGAAGACCUACAGCACGACUGCUCUGAAGCUUCUGGAGGCCGAGUUGAGACCCAGAGAAGAUGCUGUUGGGAAAAGAGUGCGGAUGCUGUCCGACCUCCAGAAGCAACUGAGAGCCGCUGAACUUCAGGUCAACACGUUAAAGGACGAGACUGAUGACGCAUGUUGUAUUGAGGUUUCCAGUGUGACCCUGGAUCCUCUGCAGGACUCCUCCAGCGGUCAGGAGUUAUCCAAGAGUUUGAUGGAAAUCUGUGAGAAGAUCGAGCACCAAAAUACCUUACUCCGUCUCGGACUGGGAUCCUCUCAGCGGGCGCUACGCGUCGUUCUCAACCCAUCCGAGGUCACCUUCGACCCUGAUACCAUCCAUCCCAACCUAAUCUUAUCUGAAGACCUCAAAACGGUGUCUUUCAGCGCAGCCAAACAGCCGUAUCCGGUCGGAUCUCAGAGGUUUUCCAGUUUCUUCCAGGCUUUGAGCUCCCAGAGCUUCGUCCGAGGAGAACAUCUCUGGGACUUCCGGGCUGAAGGCUGUGCUUGGGUUGUGGCCGUGUGUUACGGAGAUCUGCCCAGAUCUGGUUCUGGCAGCGGUCUGGAGAGCAGCGCUGGAUCCUGGUGCCUCAUGUACUGUGAGAACCUUCUGAGAGCGUACGAGAGAGGAAAGAACACGCCACUUAUACGCACGCCGUCUCUGAAGAGGAUGGAGAUACGCCUCAGCUUCAGCACCGGCUCUUUAGUGUUUUACAGCAUCAGUGAUUUGAGUGGAGAUAAAACUCACCUGCACACUUUUAAAGUCAGCUUCACACAGCCGGUGUAUCUGGCUGUAAGGAUGAUGUCUGGUCAACCUAAAGCACACAUCACUGUCAACUAGUCAAUUGCGGACCUUAUUCAUCCAUACCCAUCCUGUUGUAACGAUGUUAUGAUGCAAUACAUCAUUAAUGUUCACGUACGCACUGAAUGCAUCUUGCUGCACUACAUUGUCACAUGCAUUAUGUUGGCAUUAUUUAAUUUAAUCAAUAUGCAGUGUUCCUCAACAACUCAUGUGUUAUGAGCUUGUGACAUUUGUUUACCUUCAAUAAAACAAGACCACAUUACGUUUAAUUCAAAUUUUGGUUCUAUGCUGUGCUUUUAUUUUGGCAUGUUUGUUAAUACUUGCAUUCUUUUAUCAAUGUGCAGUGUUCCUCAACUCAUGUGUUAGGUUUUGAACAGGUGACAUUUGUUUAAGUUCAAUAAUACAAGAUCACAUACAUUGAAAAAAUUCUAAUUCUGUUUCUAUGCUGUUCUUUUCUUUUAACAUGUUUGUUAAUACUUGUCUGUUUCUAAAUUUAAAUAAACUGUUUACA